CGCGUCGAGGAGGUACAGGAGACCGACCGCAACGGCCGGACUGGCCUUAUUGUUGCCUGCUGCCAUGGCUUCGUGGACACAGUGGUGGCCUUAGCAGAGUGUCCCCACAUGGAUCCCAACUGGCAGGACCACGAGGGGAACACGGCCCUCAUCAUUGCUGCGCAGGCAGGGCACGCCACCAUCACCAACUACCUGCUGAACUAUUUCCCUGGCCUGGACCUGGAGCGGAGGAACGUGUUCGGGUUCACCGCGCUGAUGAAAGCCGCCAUGCAGGGUCGCAGCGACUGCAUCCGCGCCCUGAUGCUGGCAGGCGCAGACGUCCAUGCGAGGGACCCCCGGCGUGGGAUGUCGCCGCAGGAAUGGGCCGCCUACACGGGGCGCGCGGAGGCGGUCCGGCUGAUCCAGAGGCUGCUGGAGCGCCCCUGCCCGGAGCAGUUCUCGGAGAAGUACAAGCCGGAGCUGCCGCGGGUCCCAGAGGCCAUCCUGAAGCACGCCGCCUCCAAAAACUGCUUGCAGCGGCUCGCCGCGUUCCUGCGGUCCACUCUGACCCCCGGCUCGGACCAGGGCCCGCAGGACGGCGGCGUCCUGGACCACAUGGUCAAGAUAACCACGAGCCUCUACAGCCCGGCCUUGGCAGUCGUCUGCCAGACGGUGUGCCCGGGGGACCCCCCGUGCGUGGGGAAAAGACGGCUGCGCACCCCGGCGGAGCGGAACAACGAUGCCCAAGACCGGGACCAAGGAGAGGGCCCUGAGCCCCGAUGCCGGACCUCGCAGGCCAGGGAGGACUCCAGCGAGGGCUCCCCGAGAGCCAGCCUACUGUCGCCCCCCCGGGCGGGGGCCCAGGUGUCCCCGGCCUUGCGGAAGGCCAGCCUCCUGCCCCUGCAGCUGCUG